UCAGUUUCUCUCUUUUUCUGGCUGUGUGAGCGCGAGCGCAGUGACAGAUGGCGGGGCCCUCUUCCCUCGGGAAGACAAUCUCUCCGAAUGCGGGCGCAUGUCAAUCACCGGCUCUCAUGUGAUGGUUCUUGCCAGUGACGUGCCAACCAUAUGGCCUGGCAUCAUAGCUGGUAUGUAACCCUGCCUGGUAGCGAUGCCACAGUCUCAGAGCGCGCGCGCGGAUAGCACACUGAAAGCACCCUGCCGCACCUAUAGGAGCGUUUGCUCGCGGUCCCAGAAGAUGGUCUGAACUCACGCGCUUUCCACCCCUUCAAGAGCUCCCGCUGAGUGCCGCAAUGUUGACUAGGCUGUUCAGUGACCCGUCGCUGCUUCCCGACAUGCAUAAGUAUUCGGCCUGGGCAGAGGACAGCGAGAGCGAGGACUCGAAGACCAAGGAGGAUGAAGAUCACUGCCGCGUGGGCGAUGACGACAUGGAUGUCCCGGACCUGAGAAGCAGCCGGGCACAUUCCGAGAUCGGCGGUGAAGACGAGGACGACGACGAGGCGGAUGAGGACGAAGGAGAGGACGGUGCAGAGGGGGACGGGCCCAAAAAACGGGGCCCUAAGAAGCGUAAAAUGACACCUGCCCGUAUCGAGCGCUCCAAGUUGCGUCGUCAGAAGGCAAACUCACGGGAGAGGACGCGCAUGCACGAUCUGAACUCUGCGCUCGACAAUCUGCGCAAAGUCGUGCCCUGUUACUCCAAAACGCAAAAGCUCUCCAAAAUCGAGACUCUCCGUUUGGCCAAGAACUAUAUCUGGGCCCUCUCUGAGAUCCUGCGCUCCGGGAAGAAGCCUGAUAUUGUGUCCUACGUGCAGACGCUGUGUAAAGGAUUGUCCCAACCCACGACCAACCUGGUUGCGGGUUGUCUGCAGCUCAACUCCCGAAACUUCUUAACGGAGCAGUGUCCGGAGGGGGGACGCUAUCCCAGCUCCAACUCCUUCUCCAUGCAUCCUUACCCCUACCAGUGCUCCCGCCUCUCCAGCCCUCAGUAUCAGUCUGGUUCCAACUCGCAUCCCUUACGGACACAAGGGUACUGCUCAGCCUACGAUUCACUGUACGGUGGCAGUGGAUCUCCAGAAUACAACAGCCCAGAGUAUGAGGGGCCCAUCUCCCCUCCCGUGUGCAUCAAUGGCAACUUUUCUCUGAAGCACCAGGGCACUACGUCCCCCGAGGUAGCCGAGAAAGGCUACCAUUACUCUAUGCAUUACUCCGGCCUGGCCGGCUCUCGCCCCACUGCUGGCCACAUAUACGGUUCUUCAGGUGUGCGGAGCAGCAUCCACUCUGAAAACGUAUCGCCUUACCACGACAUGCACCUGCACCACGAAAGGGCCCCCGUCCCCGUAUACGAUGAACUCAAUGCGUUUUUCCACAACUGAAACGGCAGUAAUAUUGCCAUGCGUGGGAGUCUUCUUGCAAUCAACAAUCAAUUAGUUGCCCACCUUUGGCAAGGAGCGUGCACGGUCACCCCCCAGCCCCUACCCUAAUACUUAGUCUUAAAGGACUAUGACACCAGACACUGAUCAUUGCGGAAACAGCGUUUUAUUUAUUGUUUUUCUAUGUCCUUUUAUAUAAUUGUAUUUAUUUUGUUUCUAUUCUGUGACGAUGGGAUGCUGUGAAAAUGUUGCAUUUGAAAUGGAAUGUGUACAGAUUUGACGGUGAUUGACGUAUGGGUUAUUAUUGAAAUUGCUAGAUGAACAGAGUUAAAAUGCAACCGCAUAGUCACGUUUAUAACAUUGUAACAACCGAUGAUGCUGUAACUAAUUUGGAAAUAAUAGCCUAAUAUGAAAAUAGAGGAUUCAAUUAAGAAGCAAGCAGUGCACUUAAAAGCAAGCAUGUCGCAGAGAUAGGAAGAUAUAUAUUUUUUAAAUGUCGGCAAUUGGCAACAGCUAUGUCAGAACAUUAAACACAUUUCACAUCUAUGCAAGAAAUAGCCUACGCCAAACGAGUAUACAAGGACCAACUAUAGGCUAUAUCUAAAAUAGUGUACAUUAAAUCAUUCAUUUAAAUCUUCUCAACAAUAUACUUUCAUUGCUUCUCAGCCCCUAUUCUGACUUACCAUAACACACACGGUGGGGAAUUGCUUGACGUCUAUUUUUGUUAUUGAGGGACAUGGAUUCAAGUCACCAUAAUGACACAGAGAAUACAAUUGUCGAUCCCUAGAAUACCACCAAUGGGUAAGGAAAAGCAAACACUACUUGGCAGAGUAGGCCUAUAAGGCUAAAGCCAACAUUUUAAAUGAACGAUUCUAAAGAAGCAGAUAUGGGCUCAUGCUACCGGUUCCGGCUGGUCAAGUCCUUCUAAUGUAAACGAUUCGAUGGUGUUUACGUUCAUUAGAUGAGGCUACCUUUAAUGGAUUUGCAAGUUUGCACUAGAUUUUAGAUUGCAUUAAAAUGCAAUCGAAAAUGGUUUAAUGUAAGCCAAUAGCCUUUGCCUUUAUACAUCUACUGGCCUUUAUACAUCUACAAUCCUGUCAGUGACUGGACGGAAAAUGGACAGGCCGACAUUAAAAUAUGCUAAACACAAUAUUUCAUGUCAUACCACAGGAACAAAUAUGGCAAGUCAAGUAACUUUCUAAAUCAAUCGAGCACAUUGACUUGUUGAAUAGGACUAUUUCUAAAAGUGUAAGGGCCAGGAUUUAGCACUCAAUUUCGAAAUAGUCGAAGUUAUAUCAGAAGGUCUAUAUAUUGCACUGAAAUAACAUGAUUAUUACCAUUAUUGUUAUUAUUAUUUACAAACAGUUUUAUUUAAUGCAUAAUUUUGCCUAUAAUAACUAAUCAAUGCAAAAAUUUCCACUAAGGGUCCCCAGAGUCGUCAAUAUGUGGUGCAUUUUUAAUUGAAAGUGAAAGUUGAAACUUUGUAUUUAAACAAUGUGUGUGUGGUUAAAUAAAAUGAUAAUACAUGAA